CUGGCCCACCCCCCGCUCACGCUGCACCUGGAAUCCCUCCUCGUAGAGACGCCUCCCAGCUCGUACAAAACUUCGCAACCCUCCACCCCCUUCGUCUCCCACACAUCGACAGCAUCACGCAGUAACUGCAAGAAAUCGACAAAAUGGGAAAGGUUCACGGAUCGCUCGCCCGUGCUGGCAAGGUCAAGUCUCAGACCCCCAAGGUUGAGAAGCAGGAGAAGGCCAAGACCCCCAAGGGCCGUGCCAAGAAGAGACUCACAUACACCCGCCGUUUCGUGAACGUCACCCUCACCGGUGGCAAGAGAAAGAUGAACCCCAACCCCGGCUCCUAAGCAGAUCGCCACCGUUCUCUUAAGUUGGAUGUCCCGCUUCAUAUAUGAGAGCAGCACGAAAGCAUGACCAGGCCUGGACGACUUUUUUCAUUGAAUUGGGGGAAAAGCGACAUGAGAAUGGCAAGGAAAGUGGGUACGGAUGGAGGCGGAAACGUCAAAGAAGUCUUCUGCCCAUGAGCACAUUCUCGUCCGGCAUGCCUGACGGAGUUAUAUUGGUUGUUCUACCUACACGAAAUGUACAUGCUUUGACAUUUUCAUCACGGGGCGUCACACGCCUUUACUGCUCGAGCUGCACACGCAAUAUUAGGGUUAUGGUAGUCUGGUCCUUUCUAGGCAAAGGUGGGAAAUGGAAACAAAAAAACGCCAAAUGCAAUGAAUUUCUGGUUCAUCAUGCGCUCGC